CCACUUCAGAGCAUACACAAAAUUUCCCUCCUUGCAUUUGCCGCUAAGGGUGGAGAGAGAGAGAGAGAGACUGUGAAAGAGGGUUUGAGAUUUUGGCAGCUUGCGGAAGAAGAAGCACAGUGAGAAUGGAGGGAAAGCAGAGAAGGGAGAAGCAAAAGCUCAUUGCUAUCACCGGCGCCGCUGCUCUUCUCGCCGUCGCCGUCAACUUCGCCAUCACCGCUUUCAACUCUCACAGGAGGAAUCGCAAGAGAAAAGAGAUACCGGGGCUAAAUGUUCGAGUAAAUCUAUCCGCUUCCGAGAUUCUGAGAUUAGCCGACCACAUAAUUGCCAAAUCGAAGCAGGUUCACGAUACAGUUGCUUCUGUUCCUCUCGACAAGGUCAGUUGUGCAAAUGUGGUUUUACAAUUGGCAGAAUUGGAAGCAGAGCAAUUCCCUCUGAUACAGUCAUGUCUCUUUCCAAAGUGGGUUUCCACUUCUGAAGAUGUUCGCAAAGCUAGUGCUGAAGCAGAGAGAAGAAUCGAUGCUCAUGUUUCAAUUUGCAGUAAACGUGAAGAUGUUUACCGAGUUGUUAAAGCUCUGGCAUCAAGAGUAGACAGGAUGAGCACUGAAGCUAAAAGAUUGACUCAGAUCCUGGUUCGAGACUUUGAAAGAAAUGGAUUAAAUCUUACCUUAACCAAGAGAGAGGAGUUGCAGCGCUUAAGGACUCAAAUAGAUGAGCUAAGCAAGCAAUAUAUUCGAAAUCUGAAUGAUGAUACUGCUUUUCUUACUCUUAGUGAGACAGCGCUAAAAGGGUUGCCGCCAGAGUUCCUUGAGACCUUAGAAAAGGCAGAAAAUGGAAAAUUUAAAAUCAUUUUGAGAAGCCAUCAUGUUUCACCAGUUCUAGAGCUCUGCAAGGUAGGAUCAACCAGGAAAACUGUGGCUUUGGCUUAUGGAAGGAGAUGUGAAGUCAACGUCUCUGUCUUAGAAAAACUGAUUCAAUUGCGGCAUAAAUUUGCAAGAUUGCUUGGCUAUGCUAAUUUUGCUGAAUAUUCCACGGAUGUUAGAAUGGCCAGCUCAUCCUCUAAGGUUUUUGAGCUCUUGGAGAAUGUAUCUGCCAGUUUGACUGAUUUGGCAUCUAGAGAACUUGCAAUGUUAAAAGAAUUAAAGAAGAAAGAGGAGGGAGAAUUGCCCUUUGGUAUUGAGGACCUUCCGUACUACACGAAAAGGAUCAAAGAACAACAAUGUGAUCUCAACUUUGGAGCGAUUAGACAGUACUUUCCUGCUGAUUUGGUUUUAUCAGGGAUCUUUAAAAUAUGCCAAGACCUAUUUGGUUUAGGAUUUGAGGAAAAUGCAGGUGUCGAGCUUUGGCAUCCUGAUGUAAAGCUUUUUUCUGUUUCUGACUUGAGUUCUAAGGAGCCUCUUGGAUAUUUAUUCUUAGAUUUGUACUCCAGGGAAGGAAAAUAUACUCAUACUUGUGUUGUAUCUCUUCAAAAUGGUUCACUGAUCAAUGGCACAAGACAGAUUCCCGUGGCAUUGCUUGUUUCUCAAUUUGAUAAGGAAAUUGGAGCUCCUCCAGGGUUAUUGAGAUUCUCUGAAGUGGUCAAUCUUUUCCAUGAGUUUGGUCAUGUGAUACAUCACAUAUGCAAUCGUGCAUCAUUCCCCAAAUUCUCUGGGUUGCGCCUGGAUCCUGAUUUUGUCGAGAUUCCUGCCUUGCUGUUUGAGAAUUGGUGUUACGAGAGCCUCUGCUUGAAGCUGAUAUCUGGUUUCCAUCAGGAUAUCACAAAGCCUAUCAAGGAGGAACAUUGUAAUGCACUCAAGAAAUGGAGAUAUUCUUUCUCAGCAUUGAAAUUAAAACAGGAGAUAUUUUAUUGUCUUUUUGAUCAAAUUAUUCAUUCGACUGAGAAUGUUGAUAUAAUUGGGCUAUUCAAACAUCUCUACCCGAAGGUUAUGUUAGGUUUACCAAUGUUAGAAGGAAUUAAUCCAGCUUCGUGUUUUCCCCAAACUGCUAUUGGCUAUGAAGCUACUUGCUACAGUCGGAUAUGGAGCGAGGUUUUUGCAGCUGACAUAUUCACCCAGAAGUUUCGGGAUGAUAUUUUUAACCAACAAUCAGGCUUGCAAUUCCGGGACAAGGUAUUGGCUCCCGGAGGAGGUAGUGAUCCCAUUCAACUGUUGUCAGAUUUUCUUGGGAGAGAGCCGUCAGUACAAGCGUUUCUGAGUAGCAGAGUUGAUUCAAGCUCGUUUUUAUCUUGAUGGAGCAAGGUGAUUUUCUUCGUUCAAAUCCUGUAUGAUUUAAUAGUUAGCAAAAAUUCGGCAUUUUCACCCCUUUAUUGUUUUUUGCACAAGCAGUAUGUCGCAAAAAUACUGUGGGUAAAUUAUAAUUCUAUACAAAUUAUAAUGUAUUAAUAUGCUUUUCAUGGAGGUUUUUUUGUGCACC